CCCCUGCGAUUAGAAGGGUAUUUGGCAGGGUAGUUGCGGCCCAUAUAUCUCUAACUCAGGCCGCCACAACCAGUCAUGGCCACGCUUACAGCGCCCAGCGGCGCCACAACGCGCGCUGCUCGGUCGCAAGCCAAGGUCUCGGCGGGCAGCAUUUCCAGCCGGCGUGUACGCCCUUUUACCCGCGCUAUCCGCAGCGUUGCGGGUGCUCCUAGGCAGCAGGUGUUGGUUCGCGCAGCAGAGCCGGAGGUGGAGGAGUUCAGCUUUAGCUUCUCGGAUGCAAAGAAAGGCAAUGAGUACGCUGCCAGCGAUGUAGAGGCUGCUCUUCGCUUUUACGAGGGAGAAAGCGUUGCGCCUGGCGACGUGAACAGCGAGUUUGUGGAGAAUUUGUUCGGCAUCGAAGACGCCUCCUUCUUCGAUGACAUGGACAACAAUGAGGCCUAUGAUGAUGAAUUCAUUGCUGCUGGUAUCCCUGAGGCCGCUCCAAAGCAGCGGCAGGGCCGCCAGCGUGGCGGCGAGGAGGAGGGGGAUGCAGGUGACAGCGACGAGAUUGCCGCUGCCAAGCAGGCCGACCGCCUCAGGGAGAUUGAGGAGCAGAUGGUUCUGGAGGCUGAGCUCCAGGAGACUGGCCUGGAUGAGGAGGUUGAGGAGAGUGCUAACAAGCCCUUGGGCCCAGCCGUUUGGGAUUGGAUGACUGAUAUCGAGAUCGAGGACGAUGACGAGGAGGUCAGCGCUGUUGCUGGCAGCAGCAAGACGAUUGCUGCCAAUGUUAUGGCGGCUUUGCCUUCCGACGAGCAAGUCUUCUCGGACCUGCGCAGUGCAAGUCUCCAGGACCUGGACCUUGAGACGCGCGACACUAUCGAGUUCCUACUGGACGACUUCGAUAUUGAAAAUGAGGUCAAGGUUAUCCCAGAUAACAUUGAAGAGGUCUUCGCAGUGCCUGAAUUUACCCAAUUUGGGGACAGCGAUCUGCAGCGUAUCGAUGCCCUGCUCGGCGAGGACUUGUCCCUGCUGGAGGAUGACGUCGAGGGCUUGGAGAAUGUGCCUGAGAUUGUGGACGAUGGUCUGGAGAUGUCGGACGACGCUGUGGAGAAGUACGUCGCGAGCCUGAAGGGCGCGCAGGCGGUGGAGAUGUCUGAUGACCAGAUCAAGGAGCUGUUCGGCGACGAGCCGGUGCAGAAGGUUGACCUGGAGGCUGAGGCGUCGGUUUCCCUCGACGAUGUAGACCUUAAUGAGCCGACCGUGGAGCCCCUGGCGGAGAGCGAGCUUGUCUUUGAGUCCAUUGAAAACAAACUGGAGGAGGUUGACGAGGUGGACACGUUCCGCGCCGAGCUGCUAGCCCUGCGCGCUAUGCCGGAGUCUUUUGUGGAGAUCCCUUCCCGGGAGGAGAUCGAGAUGUUGGACGAGUACGUGGCCGCGUCGGAGCAGUUCCUUGACGCGGAGGAGGCGCGUAAGGCGCAGCUUGCUGAGCAGGUCAUCAAGGGCGAGCUGCCGCCGGACGUGCUGGACAACGAAGAUGAUGAGUUUGUGGAUGUGGAGACUGAGCUGCUGAUGCCUGACGACAUGGACGACCUGGAGGAGGAGGAUGAGUUUGACGACGAUGAGAACUGGCAGGAGCGUAUCCUGGAGCUGAGCCGCGUGACAAAGGUCGUCAAGGGUGGCAAGCUGAUGGGCUUCCGCUGCACAGCGGUGGUGGGCAACGGCAACGGCCUUGUGGGUGUUGGCUGCCAGUCGGGCCGCGAGGUGGCGACCGCUGUCAAGAGGGCCUUGGUGGACGCCAAGAAGUCUGUUGUGCGGGUUCCGCUUGUUGGCGCUGGUACCGUUCCACACCGCGUGGAGGCUAAGUUCAACGCGGCGCGUUGCGUCAUCUUGCCGGCCGCUGAUGGUACUGGUGUGCUGGCGGGCAGCUCGAUUCGCUCUGUACUCGAGUUGUCAGGUGUGCAGAACGUGCUGGCCAAGCGCCUGGGCUGCCGCAGCCUCCUCAACAACGCUCGCUGCGCUGUGGCUGCGCUUGAGCAACUGCGCACGCUCCAAGAGGUCAGCAAGGCGCGCGGCGUUCCUAUGGACCGCCUGCUGGUGCCGUCGCGGCGCAAGUAGAGGGUUAAAGCGGCUUUUUGGCUGUGACGGAGGCGUGUCCUCCACGUUCCAUGGUAUUGCGGCGGGAAUUGUUGCGUGCGGCUGGAGGCGGAGUCGCUGAGGGGAGUCGCACAGGAAAAGGGAUGAGCUGACUUUCAAGCACAAGAAACACCGUCGGUGUGGCAGGAACGGCAGUGCAGCACGCUGUUAGCAGAAGUUGCUUUCAGCGGUCAGGUGGCCACGUUUGAUUUGCUUGGUUCAGUGGUCGAGGAAGGCGUGGGCAGGGGACGUGCCAUGUUGCUAUGGUGGACGGUAUGUUAUGGAAGCGGCGACGGAACAGCGCUCUGCACGGUGGAUGUGGGUGUGCGUCUUGGAACGUGCAUUAGAAAUCGUGGUUGUUUAGCUUUUCGGUGCCUGCCAGGGCCUGGCCUAUUCCAGCAGGUUGCUGCGACUGCCUCGGUAAUCGUCCAAUGUACCGUUGCUAUGAGAAUCAGCUAAUCAAACCCGCGCACGAGUAGGGUGUAACAUUCGGUCCAUCGCGUUUUUGCUCAUGGCGUAUGGACGUGACGUGGCGUCUAUUUGCGUGAUGGCUACGCGCUGUGUGAGGCAGAAGCCUGACAGAUUUCAGUAGAUAUGAAAACGAGACUUAUGUUCGGGCUGUCACAAAAAUUUAAGCAUAAUGGUGCAGAUUCGUGGGAAGGACCAGGUGCUUUUAAGGAUGGCAUGCAUUCGGAAGCUUCCGACUACCAUUCCUUAAGGAAUGGUAGUCAAGUUGUCACCUGGCGAUGAGAACGACUUUCCUCAGUAUGUAAAGUCUUCAAAACAU